AUGUUCAGCCGUCGACUGUUCCCGGUGCGUUUUGCCUCUAGUUCGGUCGGAUCAGCCGCGCGAACCACGGCAAAUACCGCCAAGCUCGCUACGCCGGAUAUCGCAAAGGAAAGCGAAAGGUCUAGUGCUGCUUCCAUCAACGUUAACCGGGUUCAGGAUCUGCUCAAUAAAAAUGACUACUCGGGAGCUACUCAGGUUAUUCUGUCUCUAUCGUACAAAGAUCUUGCCCCUGAUGCUCUCAGGAAGCUCAGCUCUUAUCAAACCAAAGUUAUCAACCAUUAUGCUGGCCUAGAAGCUCAAGAACUUGAGUCUGCUGUUCCCGUGCUCUGUGACCUGCAGAAUAAGUUUAUCGAACUUGGAAGACGUAACCUCGCAGCAUCUGCUCAGACUAUGCUUUUGGCGUUGCGCGUUGGCCAGCCCGAACGAGCCAUCGAAGUCUGGGUCCAGCUUUUGGAGGCUAUGGCCAGAGUUUCUCAUCUUCCCCUCAAGGAGCUUGUCUCCAGCCCUCAAAUCAGCGCCUGUGCUCUUGCCGCUCUUUCUGCCUACUUUGUGAGCUGCUCUCGACGAGGAAUCCCGGUCGACGCUUCCACAGCUCUCAAACUCGUGCCCCUGAAGCAAGUCCCGAUCUCUCUAGCUCCCUUGAACAACCUUAGGGGCCAAGCUUCUUCCAUUGACAAACAGACGCUUGCUAUUAUUCGCGAGGGUCUCAGUGAGCUCCGCAGGGCGACCACAGAUUAUUCUAAUCCCGAAUACCUCGCAGUCAUUGCCAAGGCCAACUUCCAAGAGGCUCAGACACUGUACAAGGAAGCUCUUGUUCAACAGGAUCUUCCCGAGGAAGUACAUGCUGCAUUCAUUAGACGCUUUGCAGAGACUCGUCAACAAGAUGCUGCUUUCAAGGCUUGGAACACUCUCGUUGAGCGCUUCACUGCCGCGAACAAAAAGCCUACUGUCGUUAGUUGGCGUGCUCUGCUUCGGGCUGGGUCCAUGUCUAAACCUAACGGUAAGGAAAUGGUAGAUCAGCUGUGGAAAGAGAUGGAAAAGGCAGGUAUCGAGCCCGAUGAGGACUGCUGGUGUGUCCGACUCGAAUCAUUGAUUAGGUCGCACAACGUGGAUGAAGCGGUAAAGGUGUACAACGAGGUUGAAGGCUCUAAGAAGCUGGGGGUUUUUGGUAUGAAUAUUGUUGCCACUGGCCUGGUUAAUGCAAAGCGGUUUGAUGAGGCCGACGAGCUUAUCGCCAAGGCAGUGGAAUCAGGAGCCUACAAGCCCAACAAUGUAACUUUCAACGCAUUGAUCUCAGCUGCUGUGCGUGCUCGCGACUCGGCACGAGCCCACCGCUAUCUAGAUGAUAUGGCAGCAGCAAAGAUCUUGCCCGACAUUGUCACUUAUUCACAGGUUCUACAUGCAUUAUUUGAGGCCCAGCGAACUAAAGGAGUCGCCAUUGCUGAUGCAGUGAAUUCGUUGCUUCAGGAGAUGAAGGCCCGGAAGGUCGCACCAAAUGCACAGUUUUAUACUAUUCUUGCUCAUGGAAUUGCUCGAUCUACGGAGUCAGUCUCGCUUUCUCGUCGCAUGUUCAGCAUCAUGCAAGAUGCACAAUUGCCAUUGAGUGUUGAGACAUUUGGAGCGUUGAUUGAUGCUGAAAUCAAGCAUGGCGACUUCUCGCGUGCGAAGCUGUAUUUCGAUUUAAUGCCUAAACAUGGUGUCCCCUACUCCACAGCUAACUACGCCCAGAUGAUUGCUGGUGCACUGGCGAUCAAGGAUAGUGCGACUGCGGACAAGCUUUUGACCGCUAUGCUCAAGCGGCCACGCACUCAGCCUAAUAAGUAUACUUACAUGUUCCUUCUUCGCAAUUGGCAAGAAAGUGAUUUGGAAGAUCCAGAGGUCGCAGCCCUUGUUCAACGGACUCUAGAGCUGCUUUCGGAGAACCAAGCAGCCCUAGAUUAUCCACUCGCCCAAAAGGUCCUGAGUCUGGGCGUUAGAGCUGGUGCUACACCCGACCUUGUCAGUGCCGCAGAGCGAGUUUCGGCCGAAGAGUAUGAUACCAAGGUUGCAAACAGAAGACGCCGUAGCUGA